AGCUGUUAUUUUGUUGACGUUUACCUUUUGCCAAAAUAUCGUGGUACUGGGCAUUUUUUAAAGUAAAUAAUGGACUUGAUUCUACUUGUAGGGAUAGCCGUUGCCUUGCUGGUAAUUUUAGCUACAUUGUACUUCUUGCAAAACAAGAAUAAGGCAGCUGGGGAGGCAAAGCCAGCAGCAGCAGCGCCGCGACGUGGCGUGCCACAGCGGGCCCAGGAAGGAGUCCCGCGUCGAGCUCAAAUUGCCCGAAAUCAACGCAAUCGUCUGCAACAAAACGCUCCGGCUCCAGCUCCAGAAGCUGUCGCACCAGCAGCUGCUGGCGAUUCCGAUGACGACGAAGAAAAUGUUGGAGCCGAUGGUGCUCGGCUACCCCAGGGUGCCGUUUUAAACGAAAAAAUGGGUGCAAAGAAACGAGCAAAAAUGGAGGCCAAAGAGCAGAAGCGCUUGCAAAGAGAACAUGAAUUGCAGGAACGCGAAAAGCGAAAGGUAAAGGAAGCCAAGGAAGAUGCCGAGCGCAAGCAGCAGGAGGAAGUGGAGGCGGAAGCUGAACGCAAGAAAUUGGAUGCCGAACGCUUGGCUAAAGAAGAACGGGAACGAAAAGAGCAUGAGGAAUAUCUUAAAAUGAAAGCUGCCUUUAAUGUAGAGGAAGAAGGCUUUGAGGAGGGUGACGCAGAUGAUCAGGAAAGUCUCUUAGCUGACUUCAUUCAGUACAUCAAAGACAACAAAGUUGUUCUUUUGGAGGACUUAGCUGUUGCGUUCAAAUUAAAGACACAACAAGCGAUUGAGCGUAUUCAGGAACUGCAAGCGAAUGGGUCGCUCACAGGAGUCAUUGAUGAUCGUGGCAAAUUUAUUUAUAUAUCACAAGAAGAAUUGGCCGCAGUUGCCAAGUUCAUCAAGCAGCGUGGCCGUGUUUCGAUAGCUGAAUUGGCCGAGAGCAGUAAUAAUCUGAUAAACCUAACGCCUGUUCAGUCCGCUGCUGGAGGCGACUCCUGAUCAAUUGAGAUUUAUUAGCCACUUGUAUAUUAAAUGUAUAAUUAGUUGCAGAUUCUAUUGAAUAGAGAAUAAAAAAAAAAAAUUGUACAAAUUGAGA